CUUUAAAACAGUGAUUAGCUCACUCUAAAAAAGUAGACUCGAGCGGAGCAAAGCGUGUAUUCGAAGAUGGCCAUUUCCUCCGUCUUAUACGCUUCACGCCUCCCGUGCUCCUUUCACGGGGACUACCAGCCGGAUCUCACACCCUGCCGCGGGAGAAACUUCUCCGGCAAAGGCCUUUUCCUCGUCAACGGGCGGCAGCGGCAGCUCGGAGGAAGGCUUGUCUGCCACGCGGAUGAGACGCCUAAGAAGUCUGAGGGCGACACCAGCACCAGUGGAAUUCAGCUCUACUCCCAGAUCGAGAGGUUACUCACUGAAACAACAAGAAAAUCUCAGGAUGGAUGGGUUAGUACCGGAGAUUGGAAGGAGAUUGAGGGUGCAUGGGUUCUCAGACCAAAACACAGAAGACCAAUCUCAAUUAUUCAUUUUGUUGGGGGUAUAUUUGUUGGUGCUGCACCUCAACUUACUUAUCGGCUAUUUCUUGAGCGUCUCUCUAACAAGGGUGCUUUGGUGGUUGCAACACCUUUUUCUAGUGGUUUUGACCACUUCUUUAUAGCAGAUGAAGUACAGUUCAAAUAUGAUAGAUGCUUUCGAACUUUCAAUGACAUAGAAAAAGACCUUCCAAUAUUUGGUAUUGGUCAUUCCUUGGGAUCUGUAAUUCACCUUCUGAUUGGGUCUAGAUAUGCAGUGCAAAGAAAUGGCAAUAUUUUGAUGGCUUAUAACAACAAGGAGGCAAGUUUAGCUGUUCCACUGUUUACUCCAGUUAUUGCGCCAAUGGCCCAGAGUUUUGGUCCACUUCUGAACCAACUCUCGUCAUCUUCCAAUAUUCGUCAAGGGGCAGAAAUGGCCAUCAAGCAGUUAGAGUCCCUUACUCCACCGAUUAUGAAGCAAGUUCUACCAUUGGUCGAGCAACUUCCCCCUCUGUACAUGGAUCUGGUUAACGGAAGAGAAGAAUUUAUUCCUAAACCAGAGGAAACUAGGAAACUGAUAAAAUCUUACUAUGGAAUUUCAAGAAAUCUAUUGAUACAGUUCAAGGAUGAUACGAUUGAUGAAACUCCAACUCUGGCCAAGUUAUUAAGCAGUGAAUCUGCCAUAAGUUCUCAGCUGGACAUCUCAAUUCGUUCAUUGCCUGGAGAUCAUGGGCUUCCACUGCAGCAGAUCCUUCCUGAUGUUCCACCUGCAAUGGCUGAUGCUGUGAACCGUGGAGGAGAGCUUCUCGCAAAUCUAACGGCUGGGACGCCAUGGGAAUCAUUGGCAAAAGAAGCUGGAAUCACGAUGGGUCCAGAUUCAAAGAUCAUUCGUGCACGAAAUUCAAAGCAAGUUGAUGUUCUAGUGGAUGUUAUUUCAUCAUGGAUCACCUCACAUUCUAAUCCAAUAAUAUUUGAGGAGAAAUAAGGAGAAUAUUUUGAUUUGAUAUUCUACUUAAAUUUGAUGAAGAUAAAUUUAUAAUUA